AUAUGCGGCGAAUGGAUAAAAUGCUGCAGUUUUUAAAACGACGUUCAUCUGCGAAGAUGCCAGAAGGGCAAGAGUCGAGUUCGCCACUAAGCAAAUCUCUUAGUGCUUUAGCUGUGCCUGGAAUGUAUUUGUUUUGCAAAUACAAUGAAUUUAAAAGACAUCAGCAAGAAAUUAGUAGAAAAAAAGUUACAGAGAGGGAAUUGGAUCAUUUAAAUCACAAAAUCGACAGGUUACUAGCGAAGAUAGACGAUAAAGAUGGUGACUAUGGGUUACCGCCUCCUUCCGAAAGAGUGCUCUCCCCGUCCACAGUCCAGGAGGAAGACGAUGAGUGCGUAAUUUGCAUGAACACCAAAGCGACCGUGCAGACCUUUCCAUGCAACCAUAAAGUGAUAUGUAGGAAAUGUUUCAUAAAAACUAUUCAAGUGGCAGUUUCACAGCGAUGUUUGCCCUUGAAAUGCGUCAUUUGCAGAACCCGGAUAUUGAAACUACGACAGUCGCAAACCGUCAAAAUAACGAAAACAAAAACAACGCGUUCACGGGCCACAUUUUUUUCCAAACAAGCCAAAGUGUAUGCGCAAUGAAGACCCACUGUGCUUACGAACCACAUCCACUUUGGCUAAAAUAUUGGAGAUAAAUUGUAAUAUGUACGUUAUUGCGAUUCGAACAACACGUCUGUAGAUAAUAGAUUCCAGUUUUGU